AUGUGAAAGUAUGAUUGCAUUUUGCAAUGGAGAAGAACUCGAAACAAAAUAUGUCCAUCGUUUCCUACAUUCCUUCACUAGGACACGCUAAUUAACGCACACUAAUUACAUUUACAGAAGAGCAACUAAAAACUCUCUGACCACGUGGAAAAUUACGGACAAAUUUUGUAAAAAAGAGAAUUAUCUCUGGUUUAUCGACACUUUUUGACCUUCCCCAAUUUUCUCUCUCUCUCCUCUUUUUUCUCUCUGCAACUUCGAAUAUCCGUCGCAAAAUCAAGAUACUUUCGUAAAACCCUUGCAUUUUACAGCUCAUUAUCUUCAAAUUAUCUUCAAUCAAGGGUUUUGGUGUAAUCUCCUUUCAAUUUAAUCAAAUUUGAGCUAUGUUUUUGGGCGUGUUUUGAGCACAAUAAUCAUCAGAUAAUGUCUCUGAUUGGUUCUCUGCAAUUAUCCCCUUCAUUAGGGAUUUGCAGGAACCAAGAUCGAGGCAAAAAAUUCAAGAAUGUUACAGGAAGAGGGAAUCAUCAUUUACUCUCAACUGCGUUAUCUUCAUGUAAUUCGAGACAAAAUUCAUGGAAUUAUCAAUUAUCUUACCGUGUAAAUAGACCGCUGCUUAGCCCACCCUACAGGUCCAAUGUCCCGAGAUGCCAUUCUUUUUUAUUUUUUGGUCAAAGUGUUGCCAUUCCUAGCAUGAAGACAGCUACUGUGGCAUUGACAAGGUCAUGCAAUGCUUUACAAAGCAGCCCUGUUGUCACAAAGUUAGUUCCUGCUGUUGGCAUUAUCAUAUUUACCCUAUGGGGUUUGGAACCACUCAUGCGAAUGAGCAGAAAUUUUUUUUUGCAUAAAUCUGACAACAGUUGGAAGAAGAGUACAACAAAAUAUGUUUUGACAUCUUAUCUGCAACCUAUAUUUCUGUGGACUAGCGCAGUGCUUAUAUGCAGGACUUUGAAUCCAAUUGUGAUGCCUACAGAAGCUAGCCAGCUUGUGAAGCAACGCAUCCUGAACUUUGUUAUGUCACUUUCAACUGUGCUGGCUUUUGCCUACUGUCUGUCAAGUGUGAUUCAACAAGCUCAGAAGUACUUGAUAGAGACAAAUGAUCCCUCUGAUGCCCGAAAUAUGGGUUUCCAAUUCGCUGGGAAAGCUGUAUAUUCUGCAGUUUGGGUUGCAGCUGUUUCAUUGUUCAUGGAGUUGUUGGGUUUCUCUACCCAGAAAUGGGUGACUGCUGGAGGUCUUGGAACUGUGCUGCUGACACUUGCUGGUCGUGAGAUAUUUACAAAUUUCUUGUCAAGCGCAAUGAUCCAUGCGACACGGCCAUUUGUAGUAAAUGAAUGGAUUCAAACAAAAAUAGAAGGAUAUGAAGUCUCCGGUACUGUUGAGCACGUGGGAUGGUGGUCACCGACGAUUAUAAGGGGUGAAGAUCGUGAGGCAGUUCACAUUCCUAACCAUAAGUUUACAGUAAAUGUUGUGAGAAACCUCACUCAAAAAUCUCACUGGCGAAUCAAAACCCAUCUUGCAAUCAGUCACCUUGAUGUCAGUAAGAUUAAUAAUAUUGUUGCUGACAUGCGCAAAGUCUUGGCCAAGAAUCCUCAAGUUGAACAGCAGAAGCUUCAUAGAAGAGUUUUUUUGGAAAACAUCGAUCCCGAAAAUCAAGCUCUUAUGAUAUUGAUUUCCUGUUUUGUGAAGACAUCACGUCAUGAAGAGUACCUGUGUGUUAAGGAAGCUAUAUUGCUGGAUCUUUUGCGAGUCAUCAGCCAUCACAGGGCCCGCCUUGCUACACCAAUCAGGACCAUACAGAAGUUCUAUAACGAACCUGACUUGGAUAGCAUGUCAUUUUCCAGCUCAUUCUUCACUCGUGGUGGGCCUGCAUCAAAACGUCCUAUGCUUCUGAUUGAACCUCCUUACAAGAUAAAUGGAGAAGAUAAAUCAAAAUCUCAGGCUCGUGCAGUGCGUCCAAGUGCAGAACAAGAAAGUCGUGUCACAGGACAACCAACAGCCGACAAAAAGACUAAUGAUAGUAAUUUCAGAGAAACAUUAGCGCCUGACUUGAAUACCAAAGAAAUAUUGAAACCUGGGAACAAGGGUGAGGGUAAUGUGGCAGAUACGGCGCAUUCAGAACUGAAAGAUGAGAGCAAGGCUUCAGGGGCUGCCAAAUCGGACCGUAAGGCAGAUGAUAAGGCUACUGUAAAUUCUGUAUCUAAGUCCAACUCUGAGUUGGAAAAGAACACGGCAGUUACAACACACUCAGAUGCAAAACUUGCAAGCUCAGUUCAUGAAAAAGCAUUGAAGAACUUGGAAACUUCAGGUAAUAAUGACAAAACAAGUGGCACGCUGUCCAAGCAGGCCGAGAAGUCAACAGUAUCUGAACCAUCCAAGUCGACAUCAACCGGUUUGGAAGAGAACAUAGUUCUCGGGGUUGCAUUGGAGGGAUCGAAGAGAACCUUGCCUAUAGACGAAGAGCUUGAUUCACCUCCAACUCCAGCAGAGGCAAAAGAACUAGCAGCACAAAGCAGUGGGCAUGCGAAUUCAGCUGUGGAGAAGGAUGAAAAAGACAAUUAAGAAGUAGUUCUUCCAACUUGCAUCGGACCUUGCUCGCACUGCGUAAUUUCUUGAGCUUCAUUGCUCUUUGUAAAUUGUUAAAAAAGAUAGUUACAUGACCAUUUGAUGGCCAUUUGGUGCGGUAUUUAUUUGUCACCAAGUUGGCAAGUUGUUUGGGAUCUAGGAACUAGGAAGUAUUAUUAGUAUGGUCGUAUGGAGUUUACAUUCAUUAGAUUCCUUAUCAGAGAUGCGCUAUCUUCUGGUGUUGAGAUGGCCCAUACUUUAAAGUCCUUGAAAAGCGAGGAACUUGCAUAUAUUGAAGUCUUGAUAGUCAACUCUUGCAUAUAUCAUUAAGAAUUUACAGUGAUCAGAUUUGUUAUCGAGAAAUGUUUUGUUGUGGUAAAAGAAAUGGAGUAUAGAAUCCCAAUAAUUCCUGAAGUACAUAUGUUGUGGUUCAUU